CGGUUGAAAAUUAUAAAAAAAAAAAAAAUACACAUAUUCUUGAUCUACAUCUAGUUCACACAGAUCUAAGUCUGGACCUAGAUUAAAAAGAAUAAAUCAAUAGACCUAUCUAGAUCUAGUAAGUCUAGAUCUAUCUAAAUCUAGAUUCUAUACUUUCUAAAAAUUUGGAUUCCCGAUCUAAAGUGUAAAGGAUCUAUAACUAGAUCUACAUUCAAACUAAUUUUAACUAAAUUUCAGAUCUAGAAUCUAGAUCCAGAUUCCAUCUAGAUUCUAAAGAGUAAAGUCACUCUACUGUAUGUAAACAUUAAUUAAACAUGUCUUUGGGUCUAGUUGCUUACGGUGCAAGCGACGACAGUGAUACAAGUGAUAAUGAACAGGCAAAUCUCGAUCAAAAUGUUCAUGCUGCUUCAGGUGGAGUGUCGGGGCAUAUCAGCGAUGAAGACGAUUUUCAAACAGUGAGCUCAACCUCUGCACCAAUAUUUGCACAUCUCUCAUCUUCGCUGUAUUCAAAGGAUACCUUUUCCAAUUCAAAUAGUUCAGCAUUUGAUAAUGAUAUUAAUUCAACAUCUUUAACUUCAUUGGAAGAUUUACCACCACCACAGUCAAAGACAAUUGAUCUACCAGAUUUGGUUGAAGAUGAACUUGAGGAUGAAGUUAAACCAAAAGCUUCAGAAAUGGCCAUUGCUCAGCAGCCACCAAAUAAGAAAAGCAAACAGCCUGUCAGGAUUAUUAUUCCAUCUUUAAAUGAGGUUGAAGAUGAUGAAUCUGAUAAAACUACAGCUACAUCCACUACAUCGAAAACAACUGGACUGUUCUCAUUACUCCCUGCACCAAUGCAUUCUGUCAAGAAAGAAAUUAACAGACCAUUGAUUCCUCACAUUAUCACUAAAAAGCCUGCUUCUAAUAAAAAGAAUUGUGUACCAGACAAAAAUGUACUUUCUAGCACCUCAGAUAAACUUUCAGAAAUACAAACUUCUGCAAAUGUGUCCACUAAACAUAUGACAGCUUUCAAUGCCCUAACUGGCUUUGAGAGUGACAGUGAAGAAGAGGAAAAUGCAAAUAGCAGUAACAAUUUCUUCUCAUUAGAGUCAACAACAGAGUCAUCUAGUAAAGCAUCCACUGCUACAGCUACACAAGAUAAGUUCCAGAUAGAGGAAAUUUCAAGCUCUGGUGCAGAAACUAGUCCAUCUCUGAAAGAAGCUCCCAACAGAGAUGUCAGUGGUGAUUCUUGUGCUGAUGUUAGUGAAAGUGAAUCUGAUGCAGCUCUUGCUGGUCCAGAACCAGGGGCUAUCAAUGAUGCACCACUUGACUUUAUGAGAAUGAACCAAUUGAGGUCCUGGCCCGGAUCUUCUUAUGGCUUUCUGCCAGCAGUUGGACUUUCAGGACCUGUUACUCCUGCAGCCUAUACCUCAUUUGAGAAUUCAUUAUCUGUGCCUUCCAAUUCACAGUAUAAUUUAGCCAAUACAGAGGAUGAAAAUGUCAAUGACAUUGAACAAGGCAUGAUGGAAGAAGAUGAUCUCAUGAAAUUUAUGAAUGACAAAGAGUUUCAAAGAUUGCAAGGCAAACGCAAGCGUGGUGCAGAGGAAGCCAUUAGUUUUGUUGAUGCCAAUGUUGAUGACUAUGUUGAUCCUUCUGAAGUCUCUAAACACCUAACGGAGGAGAGCUCUUAUGUUUCACACAAAAAUAAAGACAAUUUACCAACUGCACAGCAGAGAAGAAAAAAGCAAAUCACUUACCUAGCUUACCAGGCCAAAGAACGAGAGAUGGAACUGAAAAAUACUUGGGCCCAAAAUAAAUUGACAAAGAAACAAACACAGUCAAAGUAUGGGUUUUAGCUGUAAUCGGAUCAUCAGUAUAUGUAUAAAGAACUAGCAUAAUAAUGAAUGCAUUCACUAGAUAUUGAGCAAAUUUUUAUUAAACAUUUUACAUUUCAAUAAUGUAGAAAUUACACUUUCAAUUUCUUUCAGGAAUGUGAUAGAUUGUACAUCUGAGGUAUACAUUAAUAUAAUGGUUUGAAUGAACUAAGUUACUUGAAACUGUAUAAAACAUAGAAUUGUGAGAUGCAAAUGGUAAUCCCAAGUGUUUUGAAUAUUUAGAGGGAUUAAGAAUACUCAAUUCGUGUACCUGUAGUCAUUUUCGGAUGUGUUAAGUUCAUUGUGAUGUUAGGAGGGCUAAAUUAUCAUUCACGUUCAAAUAAUAUGGAGUCCACUAUCAAUAGCCACAGUUUGUGGAACAAAAUGAUGUGGUUACAUGUGUGUCAAGUGGGCUAUUGAAUAUGGGCACAAUUUGUACCUAAUCAAAGAACUCAUUAAAAAUGCCCUAACAUUCUUUUUCCCUCCUUAAAUAUUCCUGAAACAUAGUUUUAUCUUCUAUGCAUGAAUCCUUUAUAAAACUAUGCCAUGAAGCUGAUUGUUUUAACUACAAGUCAUUCUAUAUCAGAAACAUUGAUUAUCAAAAAUUAUUUUUAUCAAGAUCCCUUAGUUAAUUAGUGAUUUCUGCAUUUCCCAACAUUUGUAUCAACUAGUUUUCUAACUGGGCUUGAUUUAGGGUCAAAUUUGUAUAAAAGAUUCUGACUUGCUUUCUUCCAAGCCUAAACUGGCUUCUUUACCAUUGUAUUAAUAUGCACUGGGACUUAGAGAAAGAUAUUUAUGUGUGCACAUGGGAAAGGUUCUGAAGUUAUUUUUUAUUUGCAAAACUUGUCAUUUCUAGUUACUGAGACUAGAAAUUUUGGCAGCUUUUUCCUCCUCAUUCUACAUUGAGAAUAAGUCUGAGACUGAUUCUGCUAAAUGUGAAUUAUUAUUUUUUUUACAAAUUUUAUGCUUGCUUGACCAAUUGGUCCUUUUUAUUUAUUUAUUUUUGUAAUAAUCACAUAUGUAGUUCUAUCGUAAUUAAAAUAAAACGUAAAAGUGGUGGUUGUAUGUUCAUUUAAGAAAUAUAUGAUGUUUUGUAAUUACGGUAUUUUGAAAAUAUAUAAACAUAAUGGACUACAAAAAAUGUUAAAAGAAAUUAUCUAGAUUUUCAUAAAUGUGACAUGGUUUUGUUUGGCAGUCUUGUUGCCAGUAAAGUAGAGCUUCAUGUUCUAAUGCUGAGUGCUAUAGUCUUACUUUAGGAGAGUAAUAGACGUACAUAAUUUUUCCCUAAUUAUAAUAGUCGCCUAGUUGGAGCUGUUGCACUAUAAAGAUAAAUAGAAUUGUUUGGUUGGACCUAAUUCAUUUCUAUGUUUACUGUUUGUAUUUGUUUUACUUUACCUUUUUGUUUCUCUUACAGCUCAGAAAAAUGUACAGAAUUUCUUGGGAUGCUCUUCAUAAUUAAAAUGUACUAAAUAAUA